AUGAAUCCUGCCGCUCCCGAUUCUUUUAUAGAGAGGUUUAAAGGCCUGCUGGAGCCUUCGGCUCUGAUGUGGUGGGCAGCAACUCAUUACUAUCGCGUCUGCUCCGAAGCUGUCUUCCAGAAGGGCCAGGUUCUCGCACCAAUUUUCCAAACUUCCAAACUUCGUGAUGAAGCCUUUGGGCGAUUCUGGAUUGAAUUCUCCAGACCGAGAGAGGAAGCUGCCGAGCCAGUCGGCUCCUCAGCCCUAAUACCACCGCUUCUCAAGACCUCCAAAGGAGUAGUUCUCGACAUCGGCCCGGGAACAGGAACCCAAAUGCCGCUUCUCAAAGGCAGCGCCAUCACCACCAUCUACGGCGCCGAGCCCUGCACCGGCCUGCACAGCGAGCUGCGCCGCAAAGCCGCCUCCGAAGGCCUGGGCUCCAAGUACCACGUCCUCCCUUGCGGGGUAGCCGCCGAGGAACUGCUCCCCGCGCUGGGGACAGACUCGCCCUCUGCCCUGGCCGCGUACGAUGUAGACCCCGCAGCGGGCGUCUUCGAUACAAUUCUCUGUGUCCGGGUGCUCUGCUCCGUUCCCGCGAUGGAGAAGACGACGCGGGAGCUGUACUCGCUGCUGAAGCCGGGUGGCCGGCUGCUUGUUGUGGAGCAUGUGGUGAACCCGUGGCGGACGGCGAAGGGGUCCUUUGCAGCGAGAGUUGCGCAGGCGGUUUAUAUGUUUUUAGGGUGGAGGUUCUAUAUCGGGGAUUGCUGUCUGGAUCGAGAUACGGAGGGCGCAUUGAGGCAAGCGGCCGCGGUGGAUGGAGGGUGGGAGAGUGUGGAGCUGGAGAGGCAUUUCGAGUGGUCUGCUAUGCCGUAUAUAUCGGGAGUUUUGACGAAGAAGAGUCUGUAG